AUGUGCGGGAGCAUUCCACAAUGCACCGCGUACUUGCCUUUCUUCAGCGUGCUUGCUCCUGAUUAUAUGGAUCCUAAAAAACGGAAAAUCGACAUUGAAAAUAGAAGUUUUUUGGCAGAAUGGAUUGAACAAUAUUGUUUUACCCUGCCUGAUAGGCCUCAAGCGAUUCCAGUGAGCCUUAUAUGCAAUAAAACUGUCGCUAUUGUUAAAAGUGGAGAUUUGAAGCGACACUACGAAACAACUCAUCAGCAAUUCCUCAAAAACUGUCCUCUUGGCAGUCAGGCUCGUAAAGAAAAAAUUCAAACAUAUCUCAGUUCUUACGAAAAGAGUACAAAAUUACUAGUUCGUUGCAUGAGCGUCCAAGAAAAUACCACAGAAGCAGCGUUACGUGUGUGCUGGACGCUUAAUAAACACCAGAAACCUUUUUCAGAUUCUGAGAUAAUGAAGGAAUGCAUGUUGGCAGUAGUUACGUCACUUUUUGAAGAAAAAAAGAUGUUGUCUCUGCAAUUCAAAGUAUUCCAUUGUCAGCGAGAACUAAUACACGAAGAACUGAAAUUUUUGCUGUGGACAUUAAAAACACUCUUCUUGAACCUCUUCAAAUGGCACCUUGCUACGCCAUAG